CGCCGAGCGAGGCUUCCCCGACACCAUUUCUGCGCCUCCCGGACAGCCACUAGUAUUAGGGCGCGCUCGACCAUAGUAGUAUCAGUGCAGUGCAGCUGGCGGUACAUCUAGGACAUCUGUACUUAUAACAAGCUCGAGAUUAAUCCUUCAACGUUCAACGGCCCAUAACAUCAAGGAAUUCACCCUUCCCACACCUGCUCUGAAUCCAUUUCCUCCUACACAACGAUGACCUCGAUUGACGUUGUCUCCGACGUUGCCGAUGCCGUCUUCGAUGUCGUCGCACCCGUCGCCGACGUUCCGCCCUCCGUCGACUCUACAUCCCUAGACCACGCCGAAUCCGUUGGGGAAUAUUCGGCCAACGACAGUGCCACUGGCGCUGAUCAAGUUCUGCUCGGAACUGAGGAGCUCGUUGCAGCGCCCUCCGUCGUUCAAGACUCCGUCACCGUCCAGAUCAUCGAAGUCGAGUCCGUCCAAGUGCCAUCCAUCGGCUCCGUAGUACUCGACACUGUGUCCAACACCUACGAGGAUGAAUCCGAGUCCUCGGAGGACGAUGAAUUUAUCCCCAGAGGCGGAGAGAGUGGCCCAACCGCUGCCAAAUCGAAGCCUCGUCAUGACCCGAAGACCACCAAGAUCCUCGCCUCCACGCCCACUCCGGGUGCCACUAAAGCACAAGAGUCAGCGGAGCCCGGUCAAGCGCCAACUGAGGCGUCGCAGGCUACGUUAGGUUCGACGCCCGGUCAAGCGCCAAAGGCGCCGCAGGCUACGUUAGGUUCGAAGCCCUCCGCGCCGGCCGCGAGCGCACCGGCGAAGAAGAAGUCAUAAACGACGGGCGACUACCCUCCGCGGCGGGAAAGAGCGUCUCGCUACAGCGUCGGGUAGGGUGGCAUGUUCCCAAGGACUUUGGAAAUGGGACUUCUGUUGUACAUGGACGUACGAAUGUAUACUUGAUUUGCUUGAGACUUCGAUCGUAAUAAUCCGUAAC